AUGUAUGGUGGGUUUCCCGUGCGAAACGCCGCAGUUGCUCCAAAUGGUCUAAUCAAUGGCACAAACACAUUUCCCUGCGAUGAAUCCGACCAUACAGCCUGUCUGGGAAUAGGAAAACUCUCAGAGACCGUGAUACAGAAGGGCAAGAAAUAUCGUCUUCGAUUGCUCCCCGCCCAGACAUAUUCGUGGAUGAAAUUUUCUAUUGACGGCCACAAACUCACAGUCAUUGCAGCUGACCUGGUGCUUAUUGUACCUUAUCAAACCAAUAGUGUGAUUCUCGCUUCUGGUCAGCGAUAUGAUGUUAUAUUUGAAGCCAACCAAGACAUCGGUAACUAUUGGAUGCGCGCGAUAUAUCAGACCGCGUGCAAUGGGGUUUUAAUUGAGAGGAAUGAUAUCAAAGGUAUCAUUCGCUAUGAAGGUGUUAGUCAGGCUGAUCCAACAACAAAGCAAUGGUCGUCAAUCACGAAUUCCUGUGGCGACGAGCCUUACGCCUGUCUAGUUCCUUGUGUCAAGAAAGACGUCGGCAAAGCGGACAGUCAGAAGAACUUGAAUAUUGGAUGGUUCUAUGAGACUGAUCUUGUCUACCACUGGGCAAUUAGCACUAAGGCGUUGGAAAUUGAUUGGCAGCGACCGACCGAUCUUCUCAUCCAUCGCAAUGAGUCGAUCUUCCCGACUGAUUAUAACAUAUAUGAGAUCCCUGCAGAUAAAACUUGGACAUACUGGGUCAUUCAAGAUUUGGGCUUCGUCAAUGCCUACCACCCCUUCCAUCUCCACGGGCACGACUUUCAUAUCCUAGCGCAGGGAUUUGGACUCUAUACCCAUCUCACCAACCUAAAUCGCAAGAAUCCACCUCGACGGGAUACAGCUACAAUGGCUGGCUCUGGGUAUCUCGUCAUUGCAUUCGAGAACGAUAAUCCAGGAUCCUGGCUUAUGCAUUGCCACAUUGCGUGGCAUACAAGCCAGAGUUUAGCGCUGCAAUUUGUAGAGCACCAGGUGGAGAUACCGGAGCUGGGGGCCUCUGUUUCGGCUGAUUUUGAAUCAAGCCAAGUGGGAGACUUAUUACAAGAGUCUUUGCAUAAGCAGGAUGAUUCGGGGAUUUGA